GGCGGGAGAUGCUCCCGCCGGGGCGGCUGUUGCCGGGCAGCAGCGCGGCCUGAGGGAAGCGCUGAGGUGAAACCAUGCAGCAGAGGAGGCCGCGGGCCCCGGCCGCAGCCCCGGGGGUCAACAGGCGGCGUCGAGGUCCCGGUGACAUCCCCGCGUCCACCAGCCUGCCGCCGCUGGUAGAGGGCCCUCCGCGCUGCGUCCUCCGCUGCACCGUCGGCAGGAUCGUGUGGACGGCCUCCAAAGCGCCCUCCGCCGCCGUCCUCGUCCGCCUGAGGUGGUGGGGUGAGACCUCGGACGGUACCGUGUUCCACCCCACCUCAAAGCCGGGACAGGCGGCGGGCAGCAGCCGGUACGCCGUGCGGUGCGGGCCUCGGCAGCUCGCGGCCUACCUCACAGAUAUGGGCAUGCUUGUCCUGGAGGUCCUGACCAAACCUGACCGUCUUCCAGUUGGCAGAGUGCAGAUCAGUGAAUUGUCCCAGCUCUCUCCCAGCCAUCCCAUCAGUGGGUUUUUCACCAUAGUUUCACCAACAGCUGAUAAACUGGGAGAGCUACAGGUUUCACUUGUUCUUGAACCUCUAUCAGACACAUACAAAAACAGCAGCUCUGUCCCAACCACAGAUGCAAGUUCAGAUAUGGCUCCUGCUCCAUCUCAGCGAGUGCAGGUCACUGCUCCUGGCCAAGAGGCUGUUAACAAAAGCAGGGUCACAACUCCCAGUUGGGAAAAGGACCAUUUGUUCUUUCAAGAGGACUCUGAAAACAUAAAGGAUGUUUCCCACCACCACCUCAUUUUACCAGAUGAACAUUUGAAAGUGAAUCCUUCGAGUCAGCAGUCGGUGUCGUUUCCCAGCAGUGCUGAUCCUGAAGCUCCCCUUAGAACAAACACACACGUGUUCUCUUUGCACAACCCAACUACAAAAGACCUGCUUUCAGCUCUUUUGGAUCAGGGCAAUAAACUCCGUGAUGCCAUGGUUGCUUCUGCGAUGAAGUCUAGCCCAGACAUGGAGAUUGAACUGAAUGAAGUGCCUCCUUUUGUAAAGCCAGAUGGUUUCAGAGCAGCAACAAAGAGCCCAAAAGGCUUGAACUCAAGUUCUAUGCCUGCUCAUGAGGACCCCCAUCUCUUUACAUCUGAAGUCACAGGUCAGCAAUUAGACCUCAAUUCGGAGGAGAGAGCAAUACAGUUACUUUUGGGCAGUGCUGAUUUAUCUCCUGUGCAUUUCUGGGAUCAGCCAGGUUCCCUUCUGGAUUCUCUCUCUAUUGGGAGUGAGGUGUAUGACAGUGAACUCAAUGAUCCCCACUAUGACCAGAGCCUGCUAGAAAGUCUUUUUUACACCACACCUAAAUCGGAUUCCAGUUUAAGUGAUUUCCUCAGUGAUGAAGAUGCUAACCCUUCCAAAAAAGUAAGCAAAACAAAAACGGUGAAGAAAGCUGGUGCUGUGAAUGCACAAAAGGAUUCCACUGCCUCAGAUCAGGACCAGAAGGUGACAGAAAUUAAACCCAGCUGCUCUCCUACCAGACAACUUGCUCUUCCAGAUGUUGACACAGAAGAAGCUCAUGUCACAUCCUUGAGUGUAGACAGGUUGGCUUUGCUGGGGAGAAUACACCUUGCCAGAGUCAUCAUUGAGAGCCUUAGAAUCCCUCUUGAGAGCAACCAGAUUACACCAAGAAAGAAAGGCUUGAUGGGGAAGCCUCCGAGGCCUGCUUCAGUUAAUAAGUGUACCUUCUUCGUGGAGUACCACUUUCCUGUGGGAGCCUCCAAGAAUGAAAAAGGACAAGUGUCCUUAAUGACAGAAUUAACUCGAAUAGCUUCAAGUAAAAUCACAGAUGGUGUGGUGAAAUUCCAGCAGCGAUUUGUGUUCCCUGUUCGUUUUGGUGGAACGAUGAUAGAGCACUGGUGGAGCUCUGACCUUGCUUUUAAAAUCUACAUGCGAAAAAGCACACAAAGAAAGCCAGUGGCCAUUGGCUCAGCAGUGCUUCAGCUGUACAAGGUCAUUCAGUCAGAACUCCUCGCUUUCAGCUGUGAAAUACCUGUAGAAAAAGAGGGAGAUCAGAUACAAGUUGGACCACUGAAGUUAUCAGUAGAGCUUGCAGCUGACAACAAGGAUUUCACCUGCACUACUGCCAGGUGCUCAGUGGCUGUGCAGCAGCAAGUCCCACCUCAUGCCAUAAGAAGUCCUCGAAUGGAACUUUGGGAACCCAACAGGGACCGUGUAAAUGCAGAAAGCUGCUUGAAAUUAAGCAACCACGUGGACUCAGAGAAGACAGGAGCAGCCUGCACAAAUGUGCAGCCACCAUGGUCUGUUUCAACCCCUGUGGUCCGUAAUCUGAUGACACAAUUGCCUGCAGCUGAAGAUUAUGGGUUAUUACUGCAUGUGCUGCUCAUGGUGCCUGAUGGAAAGGAUUUUGUUGAAAACAGUGGACUCCACACUUCUUGUAAUGUGUAUUUAAACUGCAAGCUGCUCAACACAGAAGAGGCAACAAGAUCUGCAGUCGUAUGGGGUACAACACAGCCUACCUUUAAUUUUUCUCAGGUGGUGCCUUUCUCCCUGACUUCCAAACACUUGGAGCGACUGAAGAACAACGUCAUGGUUAUUGAAGCAUGGAACAAGGUGGGAAACCCCAGCAAUGACAGACUGCUGGGAUUGGUGAAACUGCCUCUGCAUCAGUUUUACAUCUCAUUCAAAGAUCCAAAGAUUUCCCACCUGCUGCUUCAGGCUCACUAUCCAGUGGUUGCUGUGGACAGCUACAUGCCUGUGAUAGACGUCUUCACUGGCAGUAAAAGUGGAAGCCUGAGGGUCAUUCUGGCAAUGGGCUCAGCUGAUCAGAUCGUGGCACUGCAAAGGCUGAAGAAUGAAGAAGGAAUGGAGCCUCCCAUCACCCAGCGCCCUCCCCACUUCCUGGACCCCCCUCCUACAAAGCUGACAAUGCAGUUGGAGAGAGAAGGGGAAGAACUGAUGGAGCAUGUCUUUGAGAUUCAUGUGGAGAGUGUGAAAGGACUCGCUCCUCUACAGUCCACAGUGUGGGGAGAGGCUGACUGCUAUGUUCAGUACUAUUUCCCAGUGCAAGAGGCUGGCUCUGGUGCAUUGCCAGGAGCAGAACCGCACACAGAUGGCAUUGAGUUGAAGCCUUUUCGGACAGCAACCACUUUAUGUGUUCCUGAUCCUGUCUUUAAUGAUGAGCAUCAUCAUUCUCUGUUGGCUCCAGCUGAUGUUCCAGUUCAGAGGCUUCUGGUCGGUGCAUUUAUGGCACCAGGAGCAGUUGGAGGAGGAAUCCAGUUUGAAGUCUGGUGCAGGUAUUAUUACCCAAAUGUCAGAGACCAGAUGGUUGCCAAAGGGACCUUGCCUUUGUCACGGCUGUGUGCCAUGAUAACUAUGCAGCAUCGUGAAGAAAUAGGAAUACAGACUUUUAAUCUUCCAUUGGUUCCCAGGACUGAUUCCUCAGAAGAAUUUCAUCUGCGGUCUUCAGGCUUGCUUGAUGUGAGCGUGAGAUACCAACGUUCUGUGAAAACUACAGCAGGAAGAACUGCUCAAACUGUUUCUCUUUCUGUACAAAUACACAGAGCAGCUGGUUUGCAAGCAGCAGCCAGAGCUGUGGCAGAAAAGAACCCUUCGGUCCGGUAUUAUGCAGGUGUUGGAGUUAAUGCUUACGUUUCUGUGCACCUCUCCUUCCUACCUGAGACAGAGAGGCACAGCACACGAGCUGUGGCUCGCAGCUUCUGCCCAGAGUUUGAGCACCAUGUGGAGAUCCCUUGUAACCUCAUCGUUCAGAAAAGCAGUGGAGAAGCCUCUUGUCUGGGGGAGCUUCUGCAGUCUGCCAACAUCACUUUCUCUGUCUACCAUCAGAACGUCAAGUCAGCCACUGACACAUUGGCAGCUCGGACAUCAAGAGAUUAUCUUCUUGGGACAGUUACAGUUCCAACCAGAGACCUGCUAAGAAGACGAUCAGGUAUUACAGGCUGGUACCCAGUUACCCUCUCUGAAGAUGCAAUGCCUUCACACCGCACAAACAUCAUGCAGACCGUUGUGGGAGGACUGGAACUUUCUGUUACUUUUGCUCAUCACAAUGACAGAGAGCGUGUUUUGGAGGCUGCUCAGCUUUUGGGAUGGAACGGUCAGGAAAGCCUUGAAGACAGCAUGGAUGAGGGUGAUGAAUGGGAGCCGAGUGACAGACCAGUGGUUGUGACCAUUUCAACCCCAAGAGUGUGGCUGCCAUUGCACUGUGUGCUGCUUGCAGGCCAGAUGCAACUGAAUAAAAGCAUUUGCUGCUACCUCAGGUAUAAGCUGUAUGAUCAGGAAGCCACGUGGACUUUGCUUAAGAGGCCAAAAUUGUGUGAGGACAACAAGAAUGUUACAGUGAACUUUAAGAAAGGCCACAAGGUGACUCUCAGGAAGAGCCAAGGGCUGAUUUGGUUCUUUAGGGAGGAGAAAUUAGAAAUCCAAGUGUGGUGGGCAUAUGGCAAAGAAAAUGGUGUGGAAAGACCACUUGAUACAGAUCGUCUCAUUGGAUCUGCAUACGUCGACCUCAGAGCAUUAGCAGAGAGGUCAAGGAGAACACUGAGUGUUGGUGGAGUGUACCCAUUGUUCAGAUGCAAUGCUGCAGACCUUGCAGGAGCUGCUGUACGUGUUCACGUUGCCUUUUCCUCCACUUCUGCUGCCCCAGCCCUCACACCACACUGCACAGAGGAGCACAGCAACAGUGAAGAUGAAAGCACAGAGAGAGCACCUGACCCGAGUCAGCAGGUCUCUGAAAAUCAGGAUCAGAACCUGGAUGUCAGAAGCUCAGAAAUCACCAAUGGGAAGCCACAAGAAGAUGACGUGGUGUUUCUGGAAAGCACCAUUGCUGUCAGCAUCCUUGUGGAAAGAGCAAUGCAUCUCAGUUUAAAAGGGAGUCCUCUGACAGAACGGGAAGUGUCUGCACCCAGUAGCUGUGUGUCAUUUGCUGUUGCUGGUUCAGAUGCUCCAAUAACCACUCCAGUAAUAGAAAACACAGAGUCACCUAUCUGGGACUUCCAGCAACAAGCAAGAUUAUCCAAAGAACUUCUGCUGGAUCCGCAGCAAACCUUGGUCUUCAAAGUGUGGCAUAAAGCAGAAACAGAACGAGUGAUAGGAUUUGCAUCAGUGGACCUUUCUCCCCUUCUUUCUGGCUUCCAGCUGGUGUGCGGGUGGUACAACAUCACCGACUUCAGUGGGCAGUGCCGAGGACAGAUCAAAGUAGCAGUCUCUCCCCUUCAAAAUAUAAAUAAUCUCAAAGAAGAAAGGCAGGCAAGGAUCCGCACCCAGACUCCAAGCUCUGCAAUGAAGGCCAUCUUUCCAGCAUUUCCCAGUAAUGUUCCAAGCUUUUCCAAGCCCGUGUUGCCAAAAGAAGUUGGUGUUCCUUCUCGAGAACAGCCUGUUCCUAGCAGAACUAGUCCCCCUAGGGCACACACACCUCGGCAUGAGGAGCACAUGCAGAACGUGCGCAGGUUUCACGAAUCCUUGCAGCAAGCAGAAGGAAAUGCACAACGAGCAGCCAGGAUGGAUUCACUGUCCUUGUCAUCGCGUGCUUCUCUUCUGACUGCUCUCAGAAAAAACUUGAGUGAGCUGGAUGAAGUUCAAAGAUACUUCAGCCAGAAGCUGACCAGGUCUCUUCCUGACUUCAGUGAUGGUAACAGAUCCCAACCAAGUCAUGGAGAGCAGGAGGGUGAUCAUCAAGGCUUGAGGAGCAGAGAAGUGGAUCCCAACCAAUGCCAUCUUUUAAGAAAAUCGAGUCAACUGGUGUCCCAGGUCAGCAGCCUCAUCAGUGACUUGCAGACUAUCACAAACAAUACUAAAGACUCUUCUAACGUGGAUCAAGACAGCAGCAGAAAGCUGGGUGCUUCUCAUGUACUCAGCCAGAAGGAUGGAGAUGACAGGACUGAUGUGUAUCAAGGCCAGCUGGGCUUGGACUCACGUGGUGUCAGCAGUGAUACGCAGCAGCCAUGCUCCUUUGGGAGAUCUGUGCUUGGCAGACGUGUGCUGCAGGAACUGCUUGACCAAGCUGUCCCUGAAGGGGAGCAUCCAGCAGACUGCAUCCAGGGAGAUGGAGGUGCUUUUGCCCAUCAGCCAAACAGUGAAGAAGAGUACGAAGAAGAAGACAUUAUAGAACCACGAACUCUUAAUGAAAUAACAACGCUGACUGACAGAACCAGUCCCUGGUCCAGUGUGCUCUCAGUAGAGCUGGGAGCUGACCAGCAGCCUGCAGACUUGCAGCCUGAAGGUCAGCACUCAGUGGAAAUAGACUGUUUGAGGAAAGGGAGCAGCCGACGGAGCAGCACGUUGUCCAGCACACCACGAGGUGACAACAGAAGCGUGCUCACCUCUCUUAGCUCAUGCGUUACCCCCCACACAUUGCAGAGCAGUCCUUGGACAGGAGCAGAAGGCUUUAAGAGCUUGAGUAACGGCACAGAAACAGCUGACAAGGAGCUGGUUCAGCCUGCUUGUUUGUCAGAAUUGCAUCAGACAGUUGGCGGCCUGGUAGAAAAUGGAAAUUACAGUUGGGACAGAACACUUAACACUAAGCAAGUAGAGCAGCACACAGAGUUUCACACAGCCUCCAAGGAACUACUGGAAUUUCCAGGAAGCAUUAUACUGACUGCUCCAAAAGCCACAGCGAGAGAGGAGGAAAGAAGUGAAGUUUUGAAUGAAGAUCAUCAAGAUGAGGAAAGAAGUGGUUCUGAUGAGGUCUGUGCCAAGAAUGUUUCUGCCCAAGCAGGCUUGGAAGGGCACAGUGGCAGCUUGUCUGAGGGCAGCCACGAAGACCCACUGGAAGAGACAGGAAAGUCUGAGAAACCAAGAAUGGUUUUAUCUGAACCUGCUGUUGUUCCCAACUUCUUCCUCCCGCCCGAGCAGAUGGAAGCUUCCAUGAGAAUGCUCAGCAGUUCUUCCCACCCUCCCACAAGCGGCCGCAGGGCUGCACUGGGGGCCAUCCCAUACCGACGGCCGCAGCAGAGGCCAGCCCUGGUCCCAGCUGAGCUCUCAGAGGAGGAAGCCAGGAGGAUCGCCAGGAUCUUCUCUGCUCGGCUCUGCGAGAAGGAAUAGUGCGGAUCAGAGUGUGGCUGGAGCAUCCCAUAGCACAGCUGAUUCUUGGCAUGUCACAAACACCACGUCCUCAGGGAGAGGAGGUGGGAGCAGCAGGGCUCGGCCUCUGGCCCUUAAUUGGCCUAAUUGGGGCUUACUUGGAGGGAGCAGAAGCGUGGUGGCCCAGCAAGGGCUGCUGCAAGGGGAGAUCCCAGGUGACACUCAGCCCCCCACUGGCCAACUCAUUGACCGACUUGUUCCUCAGUUCUUCAACCACUGAGAUUCAUUCUUAUGCAAUUUCUCUCAUGUUUAUACAACAACUUUGGUAAAACAUCCCAUUUUGGGGCAUCUCCUUGACCCAAAGAAUGGAGAACAUGAACGAAUUGCCAUCCUGGAGGACAGCAGAGAGCUGCUGCAUCACUGCCCGUGUGUGGGGGUGGGAGAGGAGCUCCUUCACCUCCUCGUGGCCUUUCACUGUACAUCCAGACCAAGGAUGCUGUACAACGAGUGUACAAAAGGGUUUGCAUAGAAGUACUGAAUUUUUAUAUUAUAAAUUAUAUUGUAAAUUAUUUCUGUACAUUUCUACGCCGGAUCUCCAUGCUGCAAACCACGCUAAGUUAUGUCCGCGCUGCUGUAGGAGCGCUGUUUGUGUUUCAAUAAAGUGAUGCCCAUUCCUGGCUUUGUGUGCCUGCA